GGGGCGUGUCGGGACGGCGGGGGCGUGUCGCGGCGGCCGGGGCGCGCGGCGGCGGCAGCGCCAUGUCGAUGGAGGACCCCUUCUUCGUGGUGAAGGGGGAGGUGCAGAAAGCUGUGAACACUGCCCAGGGGCUUUUCCAGAGGUGGACAGAGCUCUUGCAAGAUCCUUCCAUCGCUACAAGAGAAGAAAUCGACUGGACCACUAAUGAGCUCAGGAACAACCUGCGGAGCAUCGAGUGGGACCUGGAAGACUUGGAUGAAACAAUUAGCAUUGUUGAGGCAAACCCACGGAAAUUCAACCUUGAUGCCACGGAGCUGGGUAUCAGGAAAGCCUUCAUUACGAGCACGCGGCAGGUGGUCAGGGAAAUGAAGGAUCAGAUGUCAAACUCCUCCAUGCAAGCAGUGGCUGAAAGAAGAAACAGGCAGGCACUCCUGGGAGAAAGUGGGAGUCAGAGUUGGAGCACUGGACCUGACAAAUACAGCCGUCUGGACCGGGACCUGCAAUUAGCAAAUUCACACUUCAUUGAGGAGCAGCAAGCUCAACAACAGCUGAUUGUGGAGCAGCAAGAUGAGCAGUUGGAGCUGGUCUCUGGCAGCAUUGGAGUGCUGAAGAACAUGUCCCAGCGCAUUGGUGGGGAGCUGGAGGAGCAAGCAGUGAUGCUGGAUGACUUCUCCCACGAGUUAGACACUACUCAGUCGCGGCUUGAUAACGUCAUGAAGAAGCUCGCCAAAGUGUCUCACAUGACAAGUGAUCGACGGCAGUGGUGUGCAAUUAUCAUCCUCUUCGUUAUCUUGCUGGUGGUGCUCAUCCUGUUUUUCGUCGUGUGAUGGACUAAACUUCUUCGGAUGCCCCGUCCCUGCCCCCUCGCCCUGGUGUCACAGGGAAAUGAAACUCUCACCAUUUCCGUCCACACACAGAGAUCCCAGCAAGAAAACCCACACCCGGCUCUCACCGUUCUCCUCUGAGGACCGCGGUUCGGCUCUGCUGGUGUUUCACCGGGCUCUGGGGAGAGGGGGUGCAGGACUAGAGCUGCUCCCUCCUCCAGUGCAGUGCAAUCUGCACCUGAGCUCCAGGUCUGGACCCAGGCGGCUGGAGAGGGACUUGACCUCUGUGCUUCCACCCUGUGCAGGUAGGAGCUGGUCGCAUUGGUCCUGAGCCACCUGUGGUCGGAUGCAGACACAGAGCAGCGAGCCUUGGGGAGGACAGGACAGGGGGAGGAAUUAAUUCACUGAGCAUUACAAACUGCAUCGCCAGCCUGCGGUGCUUGCCAGCCAAAGGCAUUACUGGGAGGAAUGGUGGCAUGGAAGUCCAUGCAGCCCUGAAGAGGGAGGGGAGCCCCGGCUGAACUCCCCGUGCCCCACGCUGCCUUCCUCCUGUGGGCUGGCUCCGUGCUGCCGACCUACCGCCGAGGUACCGCAGCGAGUCUGCAGCAGAGCUCACAUCCACCACUGCUUGGCAGAAGCUUGCACGCAGGUGAGCCGUAGGGUAUCAUGUCCUGUCCUGUCCUGCCAUCGGCUGGCUGGGCGCGAUUAGAAACCCCAGAGCUUUAAACUUGGGUUGCUGCACGCUGAAAGCUGGCAAACAACAGUUAGCCGGAGAGUGAGUUUCUUAAAGCUUUUAAAAUUGCCUCCUUCGUUAUACGAGCCUCUGAAGCUCAUUGACUGAUGCUUUCUUUGCCCUUGUAUAACUGAGUAACUGCUUCUGUUUAACAGCUGCUUCCCUUUGGCAAGUGAUUUGUCAGGUCUAAAAUAACUUAUUUUUUUUAAGGAAAAAAAAACUUUAAAGAUUUUUUUCAUGACCGUUCAAGCCACCUUGUCUCUGCAGGUGCACAACACACAUUAUCAGAGGAAUGAGGCUCAAUUAUGUACUUUAAGUGCAUAUGAACUUGUAAAUAUGAUGUCUUAAUUUUCCCAACUGCUAUUUUUUUGACACCUCCAUUGUGAGCAACUAAAAGGCAGGAGAUUCAAAGCUAGGUCACAUUUCUGUAUUACUUCCCAGUCCUGUUACCUUUGAGUUGUUUGUCGCUCGAGUUGUCUCAGCAGUGUUGGAUAGCCUACUUGUCUCCCUUGUACCGUGAAUUAAGAAUUAGCCAGGUGGUUGAUACCAAAAUGUGGUGAAUAAAGCUCACCCUGGCAGUAUCACAGGGGAGAAACGCAGCUGGGGGGUUCAUGUUGCUAAUGCCAAUUGCAGGAUAUGGGGUGACUCCUCAGAAAAGCAAAAGCGAUUUCUUAGUAAAGUCUGCUCCCAUAUUUAAGUUGCAAACACCAAAAGACUCAGGCCAGGCUGGCUUACCUCUCAUCUGGCUCUCAGAUGGGGCUGGGGGAGGAAGCUAAUUGGUGCUGAUGCUAAUACUUCUGAAAUUGCAACCUACCCCUGAAGAUCAUCCUCCCGUAGCAGUAAGCUCACCACCAGAAGGCUUAGCCUGGACUGAACACUCCUCCCCACCAGGUUUGUGGCUCCCUUCCAGCGGCUGUGUGACCAUCCUGCCCGCCACAGGCGCUGGGUGCUGACAGCCAGCAGCACCGUGCCUUCUGCAGCCAGGCACCAGGCUGGGGUAGGGAGUAUGUGAGAUGGAGCUGCCCUAGCACACACCUGGUCAGGUGCUCUCCUCAGCAACGCACACAUGCCCUGGGCACCAGCCCGCACUAAUGGUUUCAGCAGUUGCUCUUUGUCCUUGCAGAGCACCUCAUUUCUUUUGGUGUCACCACAAGAAAUAUGCAGUGGCUCCUUUCCCAGGCUGUCUAUCACAGUGUCUGCACGGCUCCUUGGGCUUAAUACCUGUCCAAGAGCAGGUUCCCAGGAGCGUGAGUCUGACCAGGGAGUGGGGAUCGCUGUUAGCCGGUCUUUGCACACUGCUGAUUCCCAUGUUGUUUUCAGCAUAGUUGUGCAUCCUCCAGGAGCAAAUGGCACUCCAUGCAGGACUGCUCCUUCUUUAAACUAGCACACUACUGGAGGAUGGCCCAGCUACUGCCAUUACCGUGAGCCACCAAACAGCCUUCAGUCCCUUUUCUGUGUACAUUGGCUUUUUCUGUUGUUGGUGCUGCUCCCUUUAACACUAAAUAAACUCAUUGCUGCUGCUGUGCCACACUGGGCAGCAGCAGAGAUGACUGUU